AUGCUCUGGUACCAAAUAUUUUCAGACGGCGUUGAAUACGAAGCCCGCGUAGGGAAGCCUUUCGUUCCUCCGGACCUCACAAUCAAGCAGGUCUGGGAGGCUGUUCCCAAACACCUCUUCAAGAAGAGUACCACAAAGAGCUUGCUUUAUCUCGCUAGGCACCUCUUAAUCACUUACCUCUUCUAUGUCUUUGCACAAAACAUCGAUCUUAUCGUGUCUUCGCUUGGAGGAACGCCGUUAGCAAGGCAGGUCUUGAAGGCGGUCUGCUGGAUGGGAUACUGGAGUUUCCAGGGUUUUGCGUUCGCAGGACUAUGGUGCAUAGGUCACGACGCCGGUCAUGGAGCUCUAUCGGACUACGGAAUCGUCAAUGAUGUCCUCGGGUUGGUCCUUCAUGCAUCUGUCUUGACACCAUACCAUGCUUGGAGAUUUACACAUCGCGCUCAUCAUAAAGCAACCCAAAGUCUUGAGCGUGACGAGACGUUCAUGCCCUUCACACGCAGGGACUUCAAGCUUCCAGAUGGUAAAGUUGCAGUAAGAAUGGAUUACACAGAAAUUUUGGAGGAGACGCCGGCUUUCACGUUGUUCAAACUGUUUGUGAGGCAGUUCUUCGGUUUCCAGCUUUAUCUUUUGCACAAUCGUAAAGGCAAUCGAAGAUAUCCUGCUUACACAAGCCAUUACCGACCAAGCUCUCAACUUUUCAAGCCCUCAGAACGUUCAGCGAUCAUUCUGUCAAACAUCUCUCUCCUCGUCAUGUACACCCUACUCAGUAUGUACAUCAAGAGCCACGGAUGGAACAGUGCCAUGAAGUACUACUUCAUGCCUUGGUUUUUCCAACACAACUGGAUGGUCAUGUUCACAUAUCUUCAACACAGCGAUCCGACGAUUCCGUACUACCGCAAGAGUGAAUGGACUUUUGUCCGAGGUGCUUUAGCCACAGUUGACAGACCCGUAUUUGGUUGGCUCGGGAGGGUCCUUCUAUACAACAUCGCAAGCGACCACUUGGCUCAUCACUUUUUCUCAACAAUCCCAUUCUACAAUCUUCCUGAGGUGACGAAAGCUAUCAAACCUGUUCUUGGAGAGUAUUACAACUACGACUCGACCGGUGUUCUUGCCGCUUUGUGGCGAUCUUUCACGCAAUGCGUGUUCAUCGAAGACGAAGGGGAAAUUCUGUUCUACAAGAACCGUGCCGGUGAGGCUAUCGUUGACGUCGACGAGAAGCUUAAAGCCAACCGAAAUGGGAAACCAGUGGAUGGUACAGGGCAGGAGGAAAUGAUCAUCGACUGA